CACCGCACCAUGAAAGCAAGAGUCCGGAGGCAGGGGUUUGUUCUUGCAUCGUUCCCCACCACACGCAACGGAGAUUAAGGCCUGUUUCUAGAAAGUCUGGGGGCGACCUUUCAUAUGCCAGCACGAAUUGUUGAACAAAGACGCGUUGGUCUGUACCCUCUAGUGUGGGGGAAUGGCUUGGAGCGCAUAAACGUCAAUAUUCGCACGCUCUAUCUACAAUGCUAAUCUCAUUAGGCUGUAUGUACUCUUGCUCUAUCAAUGCCUUUGCAAUUCAUGCCACGUUCAAAAUACACAUAUCCGUUUUUACCGUCAUUGGCCCGUGAUAUCGUCUUCAAACAUCGUUCCAAUGAAUUCUUCUAUCGUUUCGUCGUCGAUUGGUUGAUAAUAAUACAUGCAACUACACGUCGUCCACACUGCUUCUCUAUAAGCUGGUCUCGUCCUGCUGAAGUAUUGAUGUGCCUGAGCUCGCCAGCUGCGCCUCGCUAAUCCAUCCAGCUUCAACAGCGAAACAGACCACUUCGGCGGCAGAUCCAAAACAAGGCGUGUCCUCUGCUGCAUUACUGUCCAGAUACAUCCAAAGUUCCUUGGUCUUUUCUUGGAAGUUGGCAAGAUCGUUGUCAUCGCCUUGGAAUUUGUCCGUCAAGUAUUUAUACAGGUAUGCAAGCCAUAGUACAUUGGUGUACGGGGCAUACACAUCCCAAGACAAUGUCCCGUUCAUCCCUCUGGCAUAUGGCGUUUUGUGUGCGUCUGGUGGAAGGCAGGUCCGAUCUGCGCGCAAAAGAAAUGAUCUCAUCUGCCGGUAAACUUCGCACUGAUGCGCGUGAGUACUAGUGAAUAAGGAUAGAUCUUUUUCAAGAUCGCAAAAGAUGGGUUUGGCGUAGUCGAUCUCCAAGUCUUCGGCGCGUGACAGGCCGUAGUCCAGUAUAGUGAUAUCAAGACCCGAAUAUCCGUAAUAUGGGCCGUCUGAUCUUAUGGAUCGCUUGCGUUCUUUCGAAAUGCUUCGAAUACAGAGAUUGCCUUCAUGCAAGUCUCGAUGCUGUUCCAAGUUAGCAGGGUAACAUAUACACGAUCCAGUCUAUUACACACCUCAAACAUGGCGAGAUCUUCAGCUCGAGCGAGGGCGAUUGCAACAAGGAAGAAAAUAUCCCACAGUUGGCUUUCCGUGUUGCUCUUCCAAUCUUCUAAAGCAGUUCCAGCAUCGCCCAACUCAACAACCAAAAACUUGGUCUCGUCAAGGUACCGGCUCGGAGACGGGUAAAACUGAGCCCGCCCAGGAUCUUGUCUCUUAAGUUUACGCUGAAACUUCUGAUGGGUUUCAAGUAACUUCUUGGUUGUCUUCCCUUGUACAAUAUACUGCUCCUUGUAGAUAACAAAGCCCGGUAUGUCGGCGAGCCACUGUGAUAUUUGAAGUUCGCCAUCCAAGUCGCCAACUGGGUGUGGUUGUUCAUCUAUCAGCUUCGACAGAACCUGAGUUUUCGUUUGCGCCUUGAUUGGAGAGUCUAGACGCACGACCUUGAUAAUACUUGUUCCAUGGUCAUUCGUUAUCCGAUAGACCUCAGCGGACGAGGCUUCGGCAAUCUUUUCGAUUCGAUCCUCCGCUGGACAAACAUCGUCCCACGUCAAUAUGCGUAGGGACUCUUCGUAAUCAUGGACAGUAAUAUUUUCUGAAUUGUCGUUAUCCUCUACGUCUCCAUGAUUUGAUAAUAUGCUGUCUUCUGCCGAGUCUGUAUAAAUUUCAGCACCCAGACAUCUCUUGGGUGCAGGAGAAUUCAACUUUGCUUCUUCGACAAACGAUCUGAGUGUCGCAUUAAAGUCAGAGAAUCUCUUUGAAUCAAGAUUUCGAAGCGGGCUUUUCAAUUUUUGGGGAGUCUGCUCGAUGUGAACCUUUGCAAACUCGCUGGUCAAGUCUUCCACGUCAUGAGAUGCAGGCUCUAUCUGGGGCUUCCGUAGCGGGCUCUGUGGUAGCUCGGCAAACAACCGCGCCGCUUGAGAUUUUUUGGCUCUCUUCCCGUACGUAUUUUGUCGUGCCAUAAUUUGUCGUUGGCUUUACGGCGUUCGUGAGCCACUUGACGCGACAAACGCGAAGUAUGAAGCUUAGGGUUACGCAGAUGUUAAAACGGGUUGGCACGGCAACAAGUUGAACAACGCAUUGUGUUACACGACUACAAUAGAUGGAUAAAACACGAUCGUCUUGAGUGUCUUGUUCUUCUCUCUUUUUUUCUAUUCAGAACAUUGAUGCUGGAACGAAGAAAAUUUUGCCCCUUCUACUUUGCUGCGCUUUCCCUUGCCAAUUACUCUACUUUAUUUUUAGAGUGCUACGCAAGCAAAGUCUCGGCCUUCUCAUCGCCUGAGUGGCCAGCCCACACGUGCGAGCAAGGUACUCGCACGCGGUUUUAGCCACCAACUCACCACCUGCCGGACCAUCCGAACUGCACGGCUAACGACAUGCAUGUCACCGCAACGGUCGUGUUUAAAGGCAACGACAAAGUAUCUCCGCGCCAUUUCCAGUCGGCUCGUCGCACGCGAGUCUGAGCUUCUCAAGUCGGCCAGGGCAAUUGUCUUUAUAUGGCCAAGCUGCUUACCAUCGUAUGCGGUCAGUUCCUUCGUCCCACUGUUACCCACUGGCAUCAUCAACAGGCUCCGCCAGCAAGGUGACAGACAUCUGGAGCGUGGCAAACUACUGCCCAGGUUCAACACAAGGUGCAGCUCCUAGCAAAUGCGCAAUGACAUAUGCCAACAAGUGGAUUAAGGGAAUCACACUGUACAGGCUAUGUGUUUGUGAUGGCUUAGAAUACCCGUCUCGUCGAAAUAUUUCGGAUGCGCGGCACUCAUACCCACCAAAAAACGUCAUCAUGCUGCUCCUUCGAGUCCACGAUGUUUCCGGGGCCGGGGCUAGUUCUUGGUCGGCGCUAUAGCCGCUAGGCCACGCGCGACGUUUAGGGGUCUAGAAGAGUGGGCUUAUCCAUUUUUUUUUUUCAAGUUGCAUGGCGGGGAACCAAACCAAGGCGCCAGGUGACCAGCCUGAAAUACCAGUCUGGUCCACCCCUUCGUGAUAGAUUUUUUUCAUGUCUUCACCGGAGGUUGUCGCCGUGUUUCCUUACUUCAAUUGUUCUUGGACGGCAACCAUUGAUUGACCAUCGCUGUCCUCCCGUCAUGGACCAGUCGCACGAGUCUUCCCAGCAAAGCGAUCCGGACGCCGGUGCCGGCUCAAGCCCGAAGGACUACGCCUACACCGGAUCCAGUAACUCUGGUCCUACAACGCCCCUAGCAGAACCUGGCCAAGCAGAGGUGCACGCUGCUGCAGCACGCAAAGAAAAGGGACGCGUUCGAUUUAAUAGCAAUGCAGCACUUACACAAAGACCAGUCGGUGGUCAUUUAGUCAUUCCUUCUCCGGAGCGAUCGCCGUCUCCUGCGAAGCUAGUCCGGCCCUCUGCAUUGAGAGCUGGCUCAUCGGGAUCAGUUCCCACACUACAGCAAUUUCAACAGGAGUCGCUGGAUGCUUCGGAAAAAUCGAUAUCUGCUGCUGCUGCGCAUGAAAGAGCCCGCCAAAUUGCCGAUAAGCUACAGCGAAAUUCUCCACGGGCAUCCGUCGAAUCGAACGAACAUGUUAUAAUCGACCAAGGCCACGAAAGCGACAUUCCAUUACAAGACCUAUCUGUAUAUCCUCACCAAACAGCAGACAAUGGACACCAAAGUUAUGGGGACUCUCAAUCUGCGCUAGAAGAAUCGCAAUACCUUCAAGAGGAGGCACAGUCUCUUGUCCGCUCUCAUACCAGAGCAUAUCGAGACAACCCAGCGACUCAUCUCCAUACGAACAAGGAUAAUGGAGAAGGCAGUAGCAGCCAGGUGGUUCCGAGUGAUACAAACGGUGGAAUCUACGAUGGAGUUUACACGGUGCCUCCCCCAGAGGAGUACCGUGGAGGUGUGCUGUCGCAGCUCCUCCGGCUCUACAAAUCAACAGAGAAUCCUCUUGGAGGUGGUACCAAUUACAUGAGUCAUCGUCGCCAUCGCUCAACUUCAUCUACGGGACCUCACACUCCAGGAUCGGAGUCGGGGACUACUACCCCCAGCAGAAAGAAAUGGUAUGAACAGAACAAGUCUCAGGAUACGCUGGCAAACUUGAUUGAAGCUUCUGCACGACUUGCCAACCCUGCCUUGGGCCAUCAGUCAAAGCAUGACACUGAAACAGACAAGAAACAUGCGAAAAAGCGACCCGGUUACAAAAGGAGUAACAGUGCUGCUCGUCUAAGCGCCUACUGGCAAAAGGAGGAGGCCCGAAUUACCGUACAUAUUGCUGAGACGCUAGCUCGCCAGGGAUAUAUUAUCAAGCUCUGUCGAGCUCUGAUGCUGUUUGGAGCACCCACGCAUAGAUUAGAAGAGUAUCUGAGCAUGACAGCCCGAGUACUGGAGAUUGAAGGCCAAUUCCUCUACCUGCCCGGUUGCAUGAUUAUCUCUUUUGACGACAAAUCCACGCAUACGACCGAAGUCCGCAUCGUCCGCCUUGUCCAGGGUAUUGAUCUGGGCAAGCUGAAAGAUGUACAUCAUAUUUAUAAGGAAGUCAUGCACGACGUGAUUGGUGUUGAGGAAGGCACGGAGAGACUAGAAGACCUUGUUAAUGCAAAAGACAAGUUCAGCGAAUGGUUCCGCGUUCUUGUCUUCGGCUUCACAUCAGCAAUGGCUGCACCAUUUUCGUUCAAAGCCCGUCUUAUCGAUCUACCAAUUAUCUUUCUAUUUGGCUGCAUUGUUGGAUUACUUCAAAUUAUCGUUGCACCGAGAUCAAACUUUUAUAGCAACGUGUUUGAAGUUACAGCGACAGUCUUGAUCAGCUUCCUAGCUAGAGCCUUUGGAAGUAUCAGAGGCGGAUCGCUCUUCUGCUUCAGUGCGUUGGCUCAAAGUGGCAUUGUCAUGCUUCUUCCAGGCUACGCCGUUUUGUGUUCCGCUCUGGAAUUACAAUCUCGCGCCAUUGUUCCAGGCUCCAUCCGUAUUGUGUACGCCAUUGUAUAUUCUUUGCUCAUCGGUUUCGGCAUCACAGUAGGCGCUGCUCUCUGGGGCCUCUUUGAUGCAGAAGCGACAUCUAAAACAACCUGCGAUAAUCCUUUGGACGGAGAGCUUGCUUUCAUAUUCGUUCCCUUUUUCAUCAUCUGCAUCAGCAUUCUCUACCAAGCCAAAUGGCGACAGAUGCCGAUGAUGAUCAUCAUUGCGUUUGCUGGCUAUGUUGUCAACUACUUUAGUGGGCAAAAGUUCAAAGCUAGUCCACAAAUUGCAAAUACUUUGGGAGCGCUCUGCGUGGGAGUAUUGGCCAAUUUAUACUCUCGAAUCAGGCAUGGCGUCGCGGCAGCAACCUUGAUCCCUGCCAUCUUCGUCCAAGUGCCGGGAGGUUUAGCUUCUACAGGCGGUCUCCUAAGCGGUUUGCAAACAGCCAACCUGCUGACCAACUCCAAGAACAACGGAACUACGACGCCGGCGAAUAGCACAUCCCAGUUCAACGGCGGGCAGCUGAGCAGUGUCGUCUUUGACGUUGCAGCGUCCAUGGUUCAGAUUGCGAUUGGCAUUGCUGUCGGUCUAUUCAUCAGCGCGCUUGUGGUGUACCCUCUAGGCAAGCGUCGCAGUGGUCUAUUCAGCUUUUGAUUUACUUUUCGAUUUUCCUGGUUUUAUUAGCAUUUAGCGGGUGGUGAUUGUUUAUGGUUUCCAUUUUUACACAGCCCAUAUAAGGGCAUCUAGACUGGGAAAAGGCAUCUUGCGGCCUGUAUUUAUUAGCCUCAUCUUGUAUAUAAAUACAACAAAAAGUCAUGUUUCAACCGAGACUGACAAUGUCACUUUUUUACCUUUUACCUUCUCUUUCUAUCUUUGUGCUCCUGUUGCUGAACGCCUCACUAACAGGGCGGCAAGUCCCUGAGUCGUU